AUGACAGAAAGGAAGCAAAAUUGGACGUUGCGGGAGUUGGAGGAACUCGCUGCUGGGUACAAAAAACACUGCACCUUUUUAACUUCCAAACACGGGCCAAGUUCUUCAGAGGCAGAGAAAAAAAGAGUUCUCAAUGAAAUUUUGUUGAGUGUGAACAGUGUUGGCGGGAAUGGGAGGACGAUUGAUGAAAUGUCCAAGAAGUGGAAGGAUUUGAAGAGUCGAACAAAGAAAAAGGAGCAGGGUCGCCUGAAAGCCCUGAGGAGUUCAGGAUUGGGGACGAUACCACAAACCCUUAUCCUAACAGAGCUGGAGGAAAGGGUCCUAUCAUGCAUUCCAGCAGUAUCUGUGACCGGUAUUCAGACUGGAGUGGACACUAACAGAUCAUUUUCCAAGUUCUUAGGAGUGGCAAAUGAAGAUGAGGUAGAAGACUGCCAGUGCUCAGACGAGCUGAUCAGUUUACAGAGGGAACUGUUGGCAGAGAGCAGGACCCGCAAUGAACUGCUGCGGGAAAUAAGCGGGUCCCUUAAAUCUCUUGUUUCGCAAAGAGACCAAAAGACAUUAAGUGAUUUACUUGGUUUUCAAUGA